AGAAACAAAAUAACAAGGCAAAACAAGAAGUGAAUCAUAUUUGCUGGAGAAAAACUUUUCAAGCGGUGUCUUAUGAAGCGAGGAAUACAACCACUGGAAAAGAGCCAAAUUUUCAAAAACUUUGGGAAAUAACUCACAUGAAGCCAAAUGGGCAAUGGGUUACUAGUGCUUCUGCUGAAGUCAAUGACAAAGUGAAAGACGUUAUUGCUGAAAAAAUUCAAGAUAUUGACGAGGGUACCGAUGUGGAUCCUAUUAUUAAUGCUGCAUUUGUGCAAAUAAUGGCAGAAAAAUCAAAGUACAUUCUUGGUAAAGGAUCUGGAAUUAAGUCAGCAAGUAGAAUAUCUAGAAAUGAAAUUCAAGAACAACUUCGAGCACAACAAAAGGAAGCAGAAGAAGAACGCUAUAAACGAGAGAGUGUAGAGAUCAAACUAAUGGAAGUUAAGAAUCAACUUGAAGAGGAGGGAAAGAACCGAGAAGUAAUGGAAUUUCGUUUAGUGCAUGACCAAAAAUUGUUAAAAGAGAGCAUGAUGGCGCUAGUAUCUCAUUUGAAGAAUCCCAAGAAUGACCUUCCUGCUUCAAUUUUCAAUAUCUUUACAACUUCAACUACUUCUAAUGAGACAAGUUCUACAUGUCUAAUGAAUAACAAUUGGGAAGAUUUACAUGUAAAGAAAAAUCAAGAAUCACAGAUGCAGAAAGAGUUGGAUAACUUGAAAGACGUCUUGAAUUUUGAGAAGCAAAACUUAGAAAUGGCUAUUUAUGAUUGUGAUAAAUUCAAUACAUUGUGCAAUGAAAAAGAUGUAGAGCUUAAGGCUGCCCUAACAGAGAAGCGAAACUUAGAAAUGCGGCUUCCAAAGUUGAGUUCUCAAGGUUCAAAGAAAACUACUCCGAAAGAAUUGGCCGACGCAAAUAAUCAGGUCUUUGAUAAGAUCCAUGAAGAGUUGAAAGCUUGUUGUAUGUUGCGUACCGCAGAAGAAACAAAAAAGAGGCUUUUGAGUGAAAAAUCAUCACUUGAGGAAAAAAUUGUAGAGAUUAAAAAGAAGAAAUCAAGUGAGGAUGAACAUGCAUAAUUGAACUAUUGCUUCAAUACAAGUACUAUUGGAAGAUUGGACAAUUCAAAAGUUAUAACUAGCUAGUAGGAUUAAAAUAUAACUAAUGACUUACUUAUUAUUUUCUACUAAAAGUACAAACACAU